AUGAAUUGUAAAAUUACAUUUGAAGAACAAUCAACUAAAGUAUCCUUCUCUGAUUGGGAUAUUUUAGAAACAGACUUAAUAACUCAUUCCUCAUCACCGAAAUAAGAUGGAUUCAUCAAUCAGAUUCAAAGACAUAAAUUUGUCAUUGGAAUUUCUAAACCAUAAUAAUAAAGAAUUGGACUUUCUUCAGUCAAUAUAAACAAAAUUACAAUCAAAGGAAUCUUAGGGAUAUCUAAUCUUCAUAUCUGA